AACCGGGCCGCACUGUUCGGAUAUACCUGGGGCUGCUCCAUGAUUAAUGGAGAAAAAGAGAGAAUAGACAGACGAGAGUAGAAGGAAGGGAGAGAUGGAAGGGAGUUUUCCAGUAACGCUGACGUGUACAGAAGAAUCACGUGGCCGAGCAUGAAAAACAGUUUUUCUCACUGCACUGCGUCGACACACGCAUGUACAAAUGCGCGCAUUGUGUCGGAGCGCUUGAGAAAUUAGGACGAAGGUAUAGAUAGUGCAGAAAGUCGCACCAGGUGUUGGGUACGUAGUGACAGUCAGGCGACAAACAGACUCGCUCUGAGUUUUGUUUUCCCCUCAAACGUAAAACAACCGCCCCAUACUAGUCAUUCGCUCCAUUCGGUCCAGACGAUCGGCGUGUUUCACCAUGGAGGACGGAUUAUUCACGUUGUCUAACGGACGAAAAGCUCCUGCUAUUGCCUUUGGCACCUGGCAGGUGUCGGGAAACAAAAUAAGGGAGAUGCUGCCUCUAGCCUUAGACGCUGGCUACCGCCACAUCGACACCGCAUACUCCUACGACAACGAGGACGCGAUCGGCGAGGUGUUGGAAAGUUACUUCUCUCAAGGAAAGCUCAAGCGAGAAGACAUCUUUCUGGCGACAAAGCUGUGGGUAACGUUUCUGGGCAAAGACGACGUCAGACGAGCAGUGGAUGAGAGUCUGCGGCGCCUGAUGGUGGACUAUGUCGACUUGUUGAUGAUCCACGCUCCGUGGGGCUUCAAGAAUCGCGGCGACGGCACCCUGUUUCCUCAAGAUGAGCACGGCAACUUUGAGUUGGAGAACUACGACCUGCGAGACACGUGGCGCGAGCUGGAGCGCCUGGUGGUCGCUGGCAAGGUCAAGAGCUUGGGGCUCAGUAACUUCAACUCCGUACAGGUCGAUCUCAUUUGUCACAUGGCUCAUGUGCCGCCUGUGUGCAAUCAGGUCGAGUGUCACGCCUACCUCCCUCAGGUAGAACUACAAGAGUUUUGUCAAAAGCUCGGGGUUCUUUUGUCAGCUUUCGCUCCCCUUGGAUCUCCAGGCCGCUCCGAGCAUCUGGUAACAGAAGGCGAGCCGGUGCUUUUGCAAGAACCUAUACUGGAGAAAAUUGGCUCCAAGUACAACAAAACACCUGCACAGGUGCUCAUAAGGAGUCUGCUUCAGCGAGGAAUACUGGUGUCAGUGAAAAGUAUUACACCUAAGCGCAUUGAAGAAAACAUCGAGGUUUUUGACUUCGCCCUAACGGUAGAGGACAUGCAGGAGAUUGCCAAACUAAGGAACGAUCAUCGCUUCUUCCCUUUUCGCCAAAUGGCAGGAGAUCAUCCCCAGUACCCGUUCAGCAUCCCAUACUAAGAUUUUUUGACAGUAACAUCUGAGCAGGAGGCAAGGUCCUUAGAACAAUCGACAGACCUGCAAAUUGAAUAAAUGGCAGACACAACCUCCUCAUCCGGGCUUUUUCAACAUGGGCGACAGACCGGGGACAAACUGUUCUCCGCAAACAGCAGCGUUCACUAGAGACAUGGCAGACUGGUGAACCGGAAGUACUUUACGUCUCGAACGUUCCACUUACAGUUGCGCUUUCAGAUUGGUCUCCUCCGGGAACGCGCUUCACUGGUGUGGACAAGUUAGUUUAUUUAGCGCCGUAGGACGAUCGAGGGAGAGACAUCGUAAUGAAAUCAGUAUAGAGGAUGAGCUUUGGUAUAUAGUAGCACAAAUGUCUUUGUAUUUGCCAGAUAGGGACGAUCGAUAAUUUAUCUACAUUGACUAACAUUUCUGACUUCUAUAUUCUUUAAUAAAACUGUGUACAUUGCA